AUGCAGCCGUGGCAGGUCGGCCCCGUGCCGGAGUACGUCUACUCCAACUCCACUCAUCAACCCAACGAUAUACACAACCACCCGUACCAGGCCGACAUGAACCGCCGGAAUGAGCGCAUGGAUUUCCCCUACGGAACGCCCCAGUCCAGCAUGGCACCCCAGCAGCAGCAGCACCAUCCCACACCCGUCCAGCCGCCGAUGAACGUGCAGCCUCCGAACGCGCAGGGUGGUCCCCAGCAGGCCGCCGCUCAGGCUUCGGCUCCGUCGAGCCGCCAGAGGAAACGCCCGGCUCCCAACGCGGCCUCGUCGCCGGCCACCGGCGGCGCCUCGGGCGCCGUGCCCGCCAACCAGGCUCAGCCUCCGGCGACGCCUGCCACGCCGCAGACGGGUACUCCUUCCCAGGGGCAGGCCGCCGCCGACGACAACGCGACGCCCUCCUCGCAACCGCCCAACAAGAAGAGCAGGACCAACACGCCGUGGACCCCUCAGGAGGAGCUGCGCCUCAAGCAGAUGCGUGACGCCAACAACAGCUGGGCCGAGAUUGCCAAGACCUUUCCCACGAGGACUGAGGGCUCCGUCAAGAAGCAUUGGUACAAGGACAUGCACUACGCCGAGUUUGCCGAAGACGAGAGCCAGGCUCUGCUGAAUGCCAUCAAAGAGUACGAAAACAACAGAUGGAAGGUGAUCGGUCAGAAAGUCGGCAAGCCCGCCAAGGCGUGCGAGCAAUACGCGAAGGAGCACCUCCCAGGUGAGAAGAUGGGCUCCGCUGACGUAUGCUUUAGCAUCAUCCGCUAA